AUGUCCUUCAUAGAAGACAACCUCCUUUCUCAAAACGGACACAUUAGCCAUCAUGGUAUCGUACCUAGUGAGGAUGAAGAAUUGACACCUUCUUUAGAGAACAUGGUCGUACUCACAUGGAUUAGAUUAAUCCACCCUGAUUUACCUCAACUCGUUAAGCAGCGUUAUGGGACGGAACUCCGCUCUACAACUCUUGCAUCGCUAAAACCAGAGAUAUCCCUCGCUCUAGACUCUUUAUUAGAUGAGGUAAAUUCUGCUGUCGAGUCUAAAGUAUUUCGUACUGCGACAAGAGACCUACUCCGCCAAAACACUCACAAACCUUCCAGGACAAUGACCAAUGCUUCAAUAACCAACAGCAAACUGUGUCCUUUGUGCAGUCAAGCCAACCGACCUAACAACAAACAUUUCUUGAGUAAAUGCCCCUACCUUCCAGUUAGUGACAAACGUUUUAUGAACAAAGCCCGACAAGCUUCCUGCUUCCAUGAUGAGGGUAUAGAUGCUAAUGAUCCAACCCCAGAAGUAAAUAGUCUAAAAAUUUUAGCAUGCCGUGUAAGCACCAACAGAUCUCCCCACUUCAAGGCAUUUUACUCACAAUUUCCCCUGCAACUUACUUUAGAUACAGGGGCAGAGAUGAAUAUGAUGAAAGCUUCCGUCGUACAUUACGUAGGUGCCCCAAUACAGAAGAGUAUUCAACGAGCUUUACAGGCAGACGGUAUCACCCCAUUGAAGGUUGUAGGCGAAGUCCAUUUACAGCUGAAUCGUGGCGACCACAAUUUGACCCUCGAUGCUUUGGUUGUUGAAGAUCUUGAUGUAGACGUACUAGCAGGAACACCUUUUAUGACCCAGAAUGACAUAUCCGUUAGACCCGCCAUGUGUCAAGUCAUCAUCAAGGACAACAAUGUCAUCCAAUACGAUUCUUCAUCAAAUACCACACAUUCUUUGGCUGUUAGGCGCACCCAAGCCUAUGUGUUACUCAAAUUAGAUCCAGAUCAUAUUCUACCACAGUCUGUUCGUAAAGAUUUCCAAUCGGUAAUGCAAGAGUUUGAUUCUGUUUUUGAUCCUACAAUAACAGGCUAUAAUGGAUCCGUUGGUCCCUUUCAAGCCAUCGUCAAUAUGGGAUCUGUGGAACCCCCACAACCAAAAGAUUUUGCCAGUCGUAAUGCCACAGAAUGUCACGAACCUAAUUGUCAAAUUUGCAAUUUUAUAUCCCGCACAGAAGAUUCCGUUGUACGUGCUACCACCGUACAGGAUAUUAUCUCUGGCACCUGUCCUGUUCUGUUUGCAAGCCAUUCAGCGUGUAUCCAAACUCAAUCCGAAUGCCCAGAUCUGCGUCGUACACACGCCCACCUUAAACAGGGAACACGACCAUCUAAGAAGUUGACUAAUAUUCCCCAUGUCAAACGAUAUCUUCGUAGUGUCACCAUAUCCAGAGAUGGUUUCCUGGUUGUGAAAAACUUUGAACCAUUUUGCCCUACAUCUGAGUUAAUUGUAGUUCCUAGACCCGUUUUAAGUGGACUUUUAACAGCAAUGCAUAUCGAGUGUAAUCACCCUUCAAUUAAUUAA